AUGAUCGAGCGGCAGAGAGUUUGGCGUGCCUGUCAAGCAUGCCGUCGUAAAAAGGUCAAAUGCGAUGGAGAGCAUCCCUGCCAGGGCUGCAGUCGCAACCAGGCAGAAUGCGUCUAUGUGGAGCCCGGCAGCAACAUCAGGCUGGCAGAUCCCCAAUACGUCUGGAAGCUUGAAAACCGGAUUCGAAGAAUGGAACAGACGUUGCAGCAGCAGUCCGCCAGCCAACACAGCAGGGACUGUGACCAGCCUUCCUUAGACCAACUGGGGCCUGCCCAUGAUGCGACAGAGUUUAUAGAUACAAUUAAUAUGCCACAGCAGUCUCCAAAAACAAACGACAAUAGUUUCGAAACAGUUCUUGACAGCGCUGGGAAGCUGCCCGAGGAUGUCACUCCUGUAGCUCAGCCCGCACAAGCAGACGUCACCCAACUGCCGGAGCCUCUACUGCAGGCUCUGAUUGACAUAUUCUAUUCCUCGUAUUAUCCAAUCUUCCCUAUAAUCCAUCGGUGUGAGUUUCAGCAGUCAUACGACCGCUGGCUAUCCACUGGCUCCGGUGACAAUGACGACGACUUUUCCUUUCUCUUGUACGCGCUGCUCGCAGUGUCCGCAUCGGCCAUGCCGGCAGACCAUGUGGUAUUCAAUCAGCCAGGGCUGGAGAUCUACAAGCAUGAAGACUUGGGUGGUCUGUUGUACGCUCAUGCGACUUCGAAAUGCCCUACGCUGCUAUCUGCCCGGCGGGGUUUGCAUACAAUCAACCUUGUCGUUGCACUCGGUCUACUCAGCAUCUACCUUAUCGAGAACGGCAGGGUAAGUGAAGCCUGGACCAUCGUGGGAAAUGCAAUUCGCCGGUAUCAAAGCCUGGACCUUCAAGAAGGCGCGGAUACACCGGUUGAUAUGGACGCUGUUUCAGCACCUGGAAAUGUCUGGUGGUGCUUGUAUAUUCUGGAUUGCUCUCUAUCAACAGCGCUUUCCAAGCCAUUAGCGAUCGAUGCUGCUGAAGAUGAUCGGCCGACUCUGGCACUCGAGACAAGCACAGACCCCUGGUUCACGGUCAUCGCAGAUUUCCAUAUUACUAUCGGCCGCAUUUACAAGUCAGUGCGGAAGAUGCGCAGGUCCCGUUCUUCUCAUGAUUCCAAGAUGUGGGAUACACUGCGGACAUGCGUUGAGGGCUAUGAUACCGAGCUGGAAGAAUACUACACCAAGCAGGUUGUGCCGAGGAUGGAGGACCCCAGUCGACAAGUACGGCCGCUGGCGCUGCAGUCCAUUGCUGUGUCUUCUUACUAUAUCGGCGUCGUUCUUCUCUACCGCACGUGUAUUGAACGAUUUGACGUCGCUGGUCCCGAGUCGUUUCUACGCUGCGCUGAAGCCGCAUCUAACUGUAUAAGAGCCACACCGCAAGUCAUUGCUACCGUGCCCCCUAGUCAUUUUGUGGUACAGCAAAGUCGCGCUGUCUAUGCGAGUGCCAAAGCCCUUUUGCAUUGCAUGCGACUGGCCCGGAAUGCGAGUUUUAAUAGCACGGCCUGGUCCGAUGUCGAGGCGGGCUUUGAUAUGCUGCAGAAGGUUAACGUCCAGUGGCCUCAGAUCAAACAAUAUCUGCAGCUCACCAAGGAGGAUAUGCACCAGACGCAGAUGGACUUCAACAGGCAUGAGCUGCUCCACGGAGUAUUUGACAAAUACUGUCGGAGUGAUAAGAGGGCCCACCAGCAUGAUGAGCCACCCACUGCCGAUACUGCCGAAACCAGCCAAGAAGGCUCAUCAAGAAGCGAAACUGACAGAAAAUACUAUGGAGCUGAGAUGGACUCAGCAAAGGCAACACAGGGUGUCCUAUCAUCUAAGCGUGGCCACGAUGGAUCUGAUGACCGGGAGCCAAAACAGCAAAGACUGAACUCUUCUCAACCAUAUACACUCUCUGCAGACUUUACAUCUGACCUUCCUAUACUGGACGAGUCAAACAAUUAUGUUACAACGAGUCCAACAGUGGACAUUGACCAGUUCCUCCUGCCCGACUUCCCAGCCCUAUCAUCGGAAGACUUAUCUGGGAGCUUCUUCGAUGACGCGACCCUGAUAUCGACCCUUGAUUAA